UCUUUCCUUUUGUUACCAUUGCUGUCACCACCGCCAUCUUGAAAAUAUAGCUUAUAUAAUAAAUAAAUAAAUAAAUAAAUAAAUAAUAAAGCUAGAAAACAAAAGAUCUUUAAACAGGGAAAGACAGAAUGAAGAGGGAGAGAAAAUGAAAAAUGAAAUAUAGACAGGAAGAUGAGGAGAGAGAAAAUCGAGGGAGAAAAUUUUACUUUUUUUUUUUUGAAAAAUAUACAGUUAGAAUAUACAGUUAUUUUUUCUGAAUUUUUUUUUUUUUUACAAACAAAGGUUUCUUAAGUGCCUACUUUUUUUUUUUUGAAAAUGUACUAUAGUGAAAGAUGAAAUGUACUAUAGUUGACUUUCUUCUAUGUAGGAAAGUUUAACUAUGCGAAAUGAUGUAUUUUAUACUCUUGUUGGAAGUAUGUAUGCACUUGUCCUUUUCUUGAGUUAAAAAUAAGUAAAUAAAUAAAUAAAUAAAUACAUUUUUUGACAUGACUGAACAAUUAGGCUCCUCCUGAGCCUUUGUUUGGAACUUCAUUAAAUUAUUUUGUACCGCCCCCAACAUAGAAGGUGUUUAUUUACCCAGUAUUCGCACACAUCGUCAGCUCUUCUGUUGCUUUAUUAUGAAAUGCUCGGUGUUACAGCAUUUAUGUUGUGUUUCGCAUUUAUUAUAUUUUUUUGUGUGUGUGUUUAAAUGUAGGCGUUAGAAGCUGUUGUUAUUUGAAAAUGUUCAGCAAAAUAGGAAAAAAUAUAUAUGACAUGUUUAUAUUUUUCUGUUUGUGCUUAUUGAGUCUGAACGUUGUGUUUGGUGGUGAUGAAGUGAAGUUAGUAUCAGUGACGGAGGGAGAUUCAGUCACUCUAAACCCUGAUUUUUCUGAAAUGCUGAAAGAAAAGAUCUUGUGGAGAUUUGGACACAGCAAAGUUAUUAUAGCUACACUCUACGGAAAAAACAAUUACAAGAUUCAUGCUGAUAAUGCUGAUGGGAGAUUCAGAGACAGACUGAAGCUGGAUCAUCAGACUGGAUCUCUGACCAUCACAAACAUCACAACCACUGACUCUGGACUUUAUAAAGUAUUCAACAGCAGCAGUGCGACGCCACUCAACACAUUCAACCUUACUGUCUAUGCUCGUCUGCCUGUUCCUGUCAUUAGCAGUAGUUCUUCACAAAUUUCAUCAUCAUCAUCAUCAUCAGGAUCACCAGUAUCCAAAUGUGUUCUGCUGUGUUCAGCUGUGAAUGUGAGUCAUGUGACUCUCUCCUGGUAUAAAGGAAACAGUUUAUUGUCCGGCAUCAGUGUGUCUGAUCUCAGCAUCAGUCUCUCUCUACCUCUGGAUAUUGAGUGUCUGGACGAUUCUUACAGCUGUGUGAUCAACAAUCCCAUCAGCAACCAGACGACACAUCUCAACAACACUGAACUCUGUCGACCAUGUUCAGACUACAUCCACUGUUGUGGUUCUACUGAAGCUGUGAUCCGACUGGUUCUCUCUGCUCUGGUGGGCGUGGCUGCCUUUGCUGUGCUUGUUCAUGACAUCAGAUCCAGAAGUCUUCAACAGAAUAAGAGAAAGCAGACAUCAACAUCAAACUCUGAUUAAUCAGAUAUGAAGAAUGACUGUAGGCAUUAUAAUACAAGAAAAACCAUUUAAGUAGUUAUUCAUUAAUUGUGUGAGAAAAUGAUCUCAGCACUUGUAGUUAUCUGAAUAAAAGCUUUUGGAAGCUUUAUACUUACUGUGUUUGCUGACAGUUUUUAAAUUCCUGUUUUAAUAGUUUAUUAGGAUAUGAAAGAAUGUACACUGUAAAAAAUAAAAAAAAACACAAUUUGUUGAGUCAGCUUAAAAUAAUUUGUUACCCUGCUGCCUUAAAAUUUUAACUUCAGUCAACUAAAAUAAGCUUAGUGAACUUGAAAUGUUAAGUUGUACUUAGUAACAACUUAAAUAUUUGUGUUCGCUAAACUUAACAGAUGGAUAAGUAACCCAGCUGCCUUAAAAUUUUAAGUUCAACUCAAAUAUCAAAUAUAUAAGUUGUCACUUAGUAUAAUUUAACAUUUCAAGUUGAAUAAACUUUUUUUGAGUUGACUGAACUUAAAAUUGUAAGGCAGCCAGGUUACAAAUUAUUUUAAGUUGACUCAACAAAUUGUUUUUUGCAGUGAUACUUCACUUUUAUAUUUGACAACACAGAUAUGAUGCUAUUAAUCAAACAUUUGCUCUAAUCCAUGAUUAAUGUUCAGUCCAUGUAAUUUAAUCUGUGUGCUCUUAAAGUAAGUAAAUUUAUAUUGUUGUGAAUGUUUUCAUCUCAUUUUCUUUUGUCUUUUUUAUCUUCUGUCUUUAAUCUCCUGUGUGAUGUUUUUAGUGUGAUCAGACAGACCUUAAGUGGGAAUAUGUUCUUUUGAAUAGAACAAUUAUUACUCAUAUUUGUUAGAACAUUUAGUUUUUCUUUGUUAGAAGAGAUUUUAAUUGCUGUUUUGGAUCAAGUGCAUGUUUAAAGUAUGUUUGUGCUUCUUUUUUAUGAAAUAAAAAAAAUAUAUAUAUAUUUUAA